AUGCUGCCACGGCCGUCGUGCAAGCAGCCAGAGAAGAAGCAAGAGCGCGAGAGCAGAUUCCGACCUCGAGCUACAGGCACCAAUCUCAAUCUCCCCUUUCCACUCAUUCACGUCAACGUCCACGUCUACGUCCACACCCACGACACAGCUCCCGCCAACAGCAACAGCGCUGCGACCUCUGGCCCGACCUGCACUACUGCCACCACGGACCCCCCAGAUCUCAACGGCGGCCAUCUAUCACCGCGUGCGCUUGAAAAACAACCUGUCAGAGAUGCGCCCCAAUUAAGCCCCGAUACCCGCCAUUACAUCUCGAAACCAUUGCCUCCUCCUCCACCACCGCCGCCAGCACGACCACCCGUCGAGUCGCGCAACUCAUACAGGAGAUCCUUCUUGGAAGUGCUGCUGCCACGCCAAUACCAGAAAAAAGUCCUUCCGCCUGACACCCGUUCAGCCACGUCUCGCGUUCUAAAUCCGAUUAAUUACGUCCCUCGACCGACCCCCGUCCGUGUACAGCCAGAACGACCCGGGCAAAUACCUCAGCUUGACACGGGCUUGCGAGGGGUUGGCGAGGUUAAUACCUUGCUCAGCCUGCCCGAGCAACGCCGCUCGCGGCAGCACUCGCCGACAGAUCCCAUAGUGGAGCACAGCCCCCAUCUGACUCCCACGGGCGACCGUAAAAGCGUCGCACUUCCCGCGAACCUUGAACCACGCGGCACAGUCUACGCCACAGAAUCCUCUGCUUGGGCAGGCACCGCUGGACUGAUGGUUGACCUGGAGAAGCAAGACCCUUCGACUAAUGGCAUCAAGCAGCCGGAGAAAGCACAGACGAUAGCUACGUCGAGAAACAAUGCCGGAAAUACAACAACGCAACAGGGCUCCUCUGUGCUAGCACAGAGUUACGGCGUCAAUCCUCUUGAUCAACCGCUCCAGCCUCCUCGUCGGAUCACUUCCCACAAAUCACUGAAACGCGCUCAAUCUACAGCCUCGAUACACUCGGCCGGUUUCCCCAAUGGCAGAACAUACGCAGACCCGACUCACCCACCAACCACCGGUGCCUCGCAAUCCGACGCAGAACGAGGCCUCUCCCGUCAUGAUGGCACGGAAGACGACGAUGACGAUGGAGGCGUCGCAGAAGAACUCGCUUGGGGCCCGUCCCACCCUUGCUUCCCUCAUGUAAAUCCUCAUGUCCCGCUCAACAGCAGAGAAUACACGGCCACACGGAUAAUCCGUGUUCGAAGAGACUGGAUGGUUGCAGGUGACCUGGCGCCCACAUUCUCGAACAUAUACCCCGAGAUCCUGGACCCACUGAUGCAGGAAGUCGAGUUUCGGUAUGUGAUAGAACAUAUCAAUCAGACACUAUGUCAAGCGUACGACCCGUUCAGCGCGUGGAAUUGGUUCGACGGCAUCUUGGGCGUGCUCACUGGCUGGUUCUGGGAGGACUUCCGACCUUGGGGCAUCAAGGGGGCGCUUAAUGGUCUGGAAGAGUGGCUGGAAGACUGGAAUCAUACUGUGGGUGCGCGGGACGGGGUUAAGAUCAUCCCGCUUAGACGGACGGGGUAUCUAUGCCUAGAUGUGCAGAUUCCAGAUCCACAAGUCAGAAUCGUCGGCGAGGACGAGAGCCAGGCGAGGCCCAAUACAGGCGGAGAAGGCACGGCGCCACCUACGGCAAAGCAGCCUUGA